AUGGAUUUCGACUGUGCACAGAACAUCAGACCCAAAAGUCUGAUAGGUCGCCUGGCCAGACUCAUCCGAGCCCCUGGUUCGAUGGAAGAAGUAACACAUUCCGCUCCAGUUCAACUCACUCCUUCACAUCAACGUCUUGACGCGGAUGGCCAUGGGGCCAUCGAGUUGCUUCCAUCUGCAAGUCGCCGACCUCCUGACCUAUGCCAAGACCCCUCAGGCUCGGCUCUCAGAAAAGAAGCUGGGCUCUCGGAUCGAUGGCUGGACGCUGUCGUACGCUUUUCAGGAUCUCAAUUCACUCUUCUCAUGAUCGUCUUUGGGCUCCUCAUCUGGGCGUUCCUUGGCAUUCCUUUCGGCAACUCCGUAAGCUGGGCUGUCAUCAUCUCCAACGUUCAGGCCAUUGUGUGUUACAUCUAUGACUCGCUCCUUAUGCGCCAGCAGCAUAACGAGUACAAAUCGGGCAUGAGGGUGGCGGCGACGCUCCAGUCACGCGCUAUCAGUCACACCCGCAUGGUCCGCGAAGUCGUGGGAAGUGGUCGCUAUGUGACCCCCGGCUUUGUCGAAAUGCAGGCAAUCCAUGAAGUUACCAUGUCGAAAAUCGACCUUCCUGCCGAAAAGUGGCUCGACAGAAUCUCGACAACUUUCUCCGAUAUAAUCGGUCACAUGGCUACCAUCUCCCUGUUCUGGAUCUGCAUCUUCAUCUGGAUCGGGUUUGGGCCGUCCACUGGUUGGAGCGAUGAAUGGCAGCUAUACAUCAACUCAUCUACCUCUGCACUAAUGCUUCUCAUCUUUGCUUUUCUCGCCAACGUACGAGAACGACACGGAGUAUUUACAGCCAUUUGCCUAGAUUCUCUGUGUCGAGUGGACGCCGAAGUGGAACUGAAUCUCCGAGCGCUGACAGGCGACGAGGCUCCGAACCCACAAGUUACAAUCCCACCUCCGGAGAUCAGUAGAGUCCAGCGCGCUAUAUUCUACUACGCCUCCGUCGUCGGAACGAUGGUUGGCAUCGUCCUGUUAAUGGCCGUUCUCGUGGUUUGGCUCGCUAUCGGGCCGCUCAUGUCAUUUAACGAUAACUGGUGGCUGCUUAUUGGCACCUACGCUGGCUUGAUCGGGAUGCAUGACGGUUUCGUUCUGGACAACGUACAAUCACGUCUGCAAUCCUACGUAAAUGACGCAUUUGAAGAAGUCCAUCACAACGACUUUAAUACUUUCAACCACAUCCAUAUUCAGAGCCACCACCACCAUGUGGAUUUAACGCUUAAUCAACGGAUAUCUACAUGGGUAGUCACUACAACCUCACACCCCUCUGUAGUCCUUGUUGGCAUCGUAUGCAUCGUUGGUCUCUUGAUUGGAGCUACUGCCAUGGAAUGGUCUACUACAGGUCAGCUUCUUUGCAAUGUACCACCAAGCAUUAUUGAGUCUUUCUUCAUGAUGCUUGUAAUUACUGGUCACAACAUGGCGGACCGAAACCGGCGGCUCAGCAUCCAGUCAAUCCAUCUUCGACGCUUGACUCUACUCGAAUGGUGUCAGAGGCUAAGCACGGCGAAUGAAUAUAGAUAUCACCAACUCAUUGAUAGCGGCCAUCGAUAUCCUUGGUCCAACCCAGUUCUUGAUUUCCAUGGCUACCAAAGAAUCAACUCUAAAUACGUGAGACCGGUGGUUUGCGUCAAUGGCUUCCGGCUUGAACAACAAUUCCCGGGCCACUUUUUGGGCCAGAUAAUCAAAUGUGAUGCUCGCUCUGACCUCAACCGACCCAGGCUGCCGGAACAGGGCACCGUAGCUUACGCCGCUGCCUUGACCACUGUGCGGACUGACGUGCGCGGCACAAAGUUCUAUAUUCUCGACAACUAUCACGACCUCGUGCCGGCCCAUGCCCAAACUUGUGAGAUGGGCUACUAA